GUCACAGAUCAAGUGCGCGCGUGCUGCACCGGUCCAAACCAGCAGCAGCUAGCGGAGGGGGAGUUUAAUUAGGAGGAUAUGUCGAGCAUGAAAGCCAAGGCCGAGGACGCCGCUUCCUCCGCCAAGGCCGCCGCCCAUAAGGCCAAGGCCACCGCCGACGAGAAGGUGGCGAAGGCGACGACCCGCGACCCGGCGAAGAAGCGGGAGGCGGAGGAGCGGAAGGAGGACAGGAAGCUGGAGGCGGAGUCCGACGAGCGCGUCGAGAAGGCGGGCCACGCCGCCGACAGCUCCGGCCAGCGCACCUUCACCACCGGCACCACCGGGUAGAUCUGGGUGCGAUAAAUAAAACUGUUGCUAUUUACCACGGUGUACGUCGAUUCAAAUCGUCCGAUCGCUUGUAGCAAUGUGCAAACUGAUGAACGGUGCAAUGUGACACGGUAGCUCUGGUUCACCACUUGUAAAUGUGCUUGUACGUGAUUUUUAGCACAACUUUCAGCUUUACAGCUAAUCUUUUUAAAAAAUCGCAUUUAAUCAAAGGCAAUAAAACGACUCACUAUCGUGGAACUGCUCAUCAUUUGUGAUAGGCCUAAAUCUAUAUUUACGAUGGACCAAGGCUCUUUUCAGUGA